CAAUAUAUGGGAAACACUAGAUUUCGACUUUGUUUAAUUUUGAGAAAUUAUAUCUUGUGGAAGGAGUUGGGUCAAUGCAAUAAAAUUAUAAAACCCUACCUUCGAGAGUUAGGUGAAUAGGUGAUGAUAUUUCAGAAUCAACACAUCAUCAUGCAUUUUUUUUUCAGAAAAAAAAAAGGCUUUACUUUCACUGUGCAAAAUAUAGUCCACUAUUGAGGAUAAGUCAACUUCAAUGCCAAAACACAGUAUUGAUAAGAUUUCACUGGCUAAAAUUUCUUCUGAAAGAUUAUUCAUCAACUAGAAGUCGUAAACGCCAGCCAAAAAAAAUCAAUUUGUGCACAGACAUAAGAGCAUGUCUGUGGUUGGACAAGCAGUUCUAUCCGCUUUUUUUAAAGUUCUGUUUGACAGAUUGGGUUCUUCUGAAUUGCUCAAAUAUGCACGCCAGGAAAAAGUUUAUGCUGAAUUCAAGAAAUGGGAGAAAAUACUGAGAAAAAUACAUGCAGUACUUGAUGAUGCAGAAGAGAAGCAGCUGACUAAUCAGUUUGUGAAAAUUUGGUUAGCUGAGCUUAGAGACCUGGCUUAUGAUGUGGAUGACAUAUUGGAUGAAUUCACCACAGAAGCUAUUCAUCGUGGAUUGAUUGUUGAAUCAGAAGUCAGCAGAAGUAAGCGACCAAAGGUUAUCCAAGCUUGCAGCAACUUAAUUCCAAGCAAUGUUGUGUUUAGAGUCAGGAUGGGAUCCAAGAUCAAAGGGAUCACAUCUAGAUUACAAGAAAUUUCUAGUCAAAAAAAUGACUUGGAAUUGAGAGAGAAUUUGGAAGGAAGCUCCAAGAAAGUAAGAAAAAGACUGCCCACAACUUCUUUGGUGAAUGAAUCUCAAAUUUUUGGAAGGGAAAGAGAUAAAGAGAUUAUGCUUGAGUUCUUGAUGAUGGAUUAUGCAUGUGAUAGCAAAAUCUGUGUAAUUGCAAUAUUGGGCAUGGCUGGGGUGGGUAAGACUACUCUUGCCCAACUAGUCUACAAUGAUAACCAAGUGAAGGAUUGUUUUGAUCUGAAGGUGUGGGCUUCUGUAUCUGAUGAUUUUGAUGUUUUAAGCAUGACAAAAACAAUUCUUGAGUCACUCACUCACAGGACCCUUGGUGCAGACUUAAAUUUGCUUCAAGUUAGACUACAGGGUAUCCUAACAGACAAGAAGUUUCUGCUUGUUCUAGAUGAUGUAUGGAAUGAAAACUACUAUAACUGGGAAGUCCUUUGCAGUCCCUUUAGAAGUGGAGCACCAGGGAGUAAAGUAGUUGUGACAACUCGCAAUGAAGGUGUUGCAUCAAUUAUGGGUGCUGUUGCAGCUUAUCGUCUAAAAGAGUUGCCAUAUGACAGUUGUUUCCCUUUGUUCACUCAACUUGCAUUGGGAACUAAUAAUUUUGAUGGUCAUCCAAACCUUAAAGCAAUUGGUGAGAGAAUAGUGGAAAAAUGUAAAGGCCUACCUUUGGCCGCUAAAACACUUGGUAGUCUGUUGCAAACUAAAGGGAGUCAGGAUGAAUGGGAGGAUAUAUUGAACAGCAAAAUAUGGGACUUACCAGAAGAGCAAAGCAAUAUUCUUCCUGCUCUAAGGUUGAGCUACCACUAUUUGCCCUCUCAUUUGAAGCAGUGCUUUGCUUACUGCUCAAUUUUCCCAAAGGACUAUGAGUUCAGCAGGGAGCAGGUGAUUCUUCUAUGGAUGGCAGAAGGUUUCUUGCAACAACCAAAAGGAGCAAAGCGAAUGGAAAAUUUGGGGGCAAAGUACUUUGAUGAUCUAUUGGCAAGAUCAUUCUUUCAGCAAUCAAGCAGAAAUGGAGCACUAUUUGUAAUGCAUGAUCUCAUCAAUGAUUUGGCCCAAUAUGUUGCUGGAGAAGUCUGCUUCAGAUUGGAAGAUGGGCUAGAGAGCGUGCAUAAAGCUCGUCAUGUGUCUUACAUCCGUCAAAAAUAUGAUGUCUUCAAAAAAUUUGAGGUACUUUACAAAACUGAAAGCUUACGAACUUUCUUACCACUUCCAGUUCACAUGGGACUUGGUUUUCGCAAUUCUUAUUUGACAAAAAAGGUAAUAGAUGAGUUGCUGCCAAAGCUAAGAUGUUUAAGAGUCUUGUCCUUGAGUGGCUAUUGCAUAAAUGCGCUGCCAAAUGGGAUUGGCAAGUUAAAACAUUUACGUUACCUUGAUCUAUCUCACACUUUGAUCAAAAUUUUGCCCGAGUCUGUGAGCACUCUCUGCAAUUUAGAAACACUAAUCUUACAUGGUUGUGGUGCUCUCUUGAAUUUGCCUGCAGGCAUUGUGAACCUCAUUAGUCUGCGUCAUCUUGACAUUAGGAAUACAAAACAAUUGCUAGAGUUGCCCUUAAGGAUUGGUAAACUGACAAAUUUGAGGACACUGUCUAAAUUCGCGGUGGGAAAAGAGAGUGGAUCAAAGUUAACAGAGUUGAAGGACUUGUUGCGUCUUCGUGGGACACUAACUAUUACUGGAUUGCAUAAUGUCGCAAACAUCUCUGAAGCUAGGGAUGCAAAUUUACAGUAUAAGCAAGAUCUUCAAGAGUUAGUCAUGGAAUGGAGCAGUAAUAUUGAACUCCAAAAUGAAUGUAAUGACAGAAGGGAAGUGGAUGUACUUGACAUGCUGCAACCUCACAAAAACUUGGAAGUACUGAAAAUUGAAUUUUAUCCAGGUACAACAUUUCCGAGUUGGAUUGGGCAUUCUUCAUUCUCCAAAAUCAAGAGCUUGACUCUCAAAAGUUGUGCUAAAUGCUCUUCACUGCCAUCACUAGGGAAAUUGCCCUUUCUUGCAGAUUUGUUCAUUGAAGGCAUGCAUAGUCUAAAAAGUGUAGGUCUUGAAUUCUAUGGGGAAGAUUUUUCUCUCAUAUCUUUUCCAUCCUUGAAGAUAUUAACUUUCAGUGAUAUGCUAGAAUGGGAGUAUUGGUCUUCUACAAUUGCAGAAGCUUCUUUUGACGGUGUAUUCCCCUACCUCUCUGAGCUUUGCAUAAGGAAUUGUCCUAAGUUGAUAAGGCAAUUGCCAAGCAACCUAUCCUCACUUGAUAAGCUUGACAUUAAUAAAUGCCCAUUAUUAGAAGUUCGGUUUCCCAAACUUUUGUCUCUUAGUGUCUUGAGUUUGGAAGAAUGUAAUGAGGUUGCAGUAAGUAGUUUAGCUGAUCUCCCAUCAUCUUCACUCACUACCUUGCAACUUCGGAACAUUUCAAACAUUAGCCAAUUGCCUAAGAAAUGCUCACUAGCACUUAAAGUUAUGCAUAUUAUUAAUUGCAAUGACCUGACAACUUUAUGGCAGAUUGUAGAUCAAUCGAUGCCCAUUAGAAUUGAGCAAUUAGAAAUAUGCAACUGCAGCAGCUUCAAAGAACUGCCACAUGGGUUAUUCAGCUCCACAUCACUUGCAAGCUUGAAGAUCAAGCGAUGCCCAAAACUUGUGUCUUUCCCAAAGUUGCAGUCUCCAUACAUGCUUAGACAUCUCAUCAUUGAAGAAUGUGAAUCUUUGGAAUGCCUACCUGAUGGAAUGAUGAUGCAUGGAAGCUAUGGAAGCAACAACAUUUGCCAUCUUGAAAGUUUGGAAAUCAUUAAAUGUCCAUCGCUCAAAUCUUUUCCUAGAGGUCAGUUACCAACCAGCCUAAAGGUACUCAAGAUUUGGGAUUGCAUGGAGUUGGAAUCACUCCCUGGAAUGAUAUUGCAGAGCACCAUGUCACUUGAGUGCCUUAGUGUGAGGAAAUAUACAAAUUUGGACACCUUACCUGAGUGCUUUGAUUGUCUCACUCAUCUUACUGAAUUGCACAUAAGCUAUUGUGUAGGUUUAGAGUUUUUCCCAGAAACUGGCCUAUCUGCUUCAAACCUCAAAAGGUUUUAUGUCUUUAAUUGUCCAAAUCUCAAAUCCUUACCUGAAAACAUGUAUAGCCUCACGGCACUCCAACAUUUAGGAAUAUCUAGUUGUCCACAGCUUGUGUCAUUUCCUGAAGGUGGGUUACCCUCCAACCUAAAAUCAAUUCGGAUAAAUAAUUGCGAGAGUCUCCCACAUCUAUCUGAGUGGGGAUUGCACAGAAUCCUCACACUCAAGGAUUUAACUAUUUCUAGUGGAUGGCCAAAUUUGGUAUCUAUUGCACAAGAGUGUUGGCUUCCUGCAUCUCUAACAUAUCUUCGUAUUGGAAAGCUCAUUAAUCUAGAGUCCUUAUCCAUAAGGCUUGAACACCUUACCUCACUUCAGGUGCUAGAGAUUACAGAAUGUCCAAAGCUCCGUUCCUUGCCAAAGGAAGGGUGGCCUCCUACUCUUUCUGUCCUAGAAAUUUUGGACUCUCCUAUUUUGAAAAGGCAGGUGUUGCAGAAGAAAGGAAAAUAUGCAUCCAUUAUAGCCAAUAUACCUCGUGUGGAGAUAGAUGAUGUGUUGCUGUAAUAGACACUAAGCAUGAUAAGAAAAGAUGAAAAAUUGCUGGAACUUUUGGAGUAUUCAUUGUCUGCAGAGCUCAGACGCAGCAGAAACAGUAAAGAGGGUCUGGGAUUUAAUGGACUUUGGUGUUGAUUCCAUGGUUUUGAUGUCUAAUUGGCGAUGCUCAUUAUGGACAUCAUUGCUGGAACUUACAAUGUUACUGAUGCUAAAUAUUGUGAUUCAUUCUUUGGUGGAUGAAGUUAAAUGGAGAGAUUGAAGCAUGCGUUGAAGCUUCUUUGGGAGGCUGAGAAAUAGCUGCAAGUUUCAAGUGACUGCUCAACAUGGUUGACAGCAACUCAUUUAUAGCUUGGUUCAUUGCCCUCACCAGAUCUUACUCAGUCAAGCAGCAGUAGUAGACAGAGCUCGAGGACAACUGAGAAGGAUCCCUCAAGUGCUUCUAGAGAAGUAACUAUGCCUAGAUCAAGUUUGCCAGCUUCCUUGUUCAAAGCAAUAAAUUAUUCUGCAUCAAGGAAAAUUUGGUUUCAAUUCUAAGCUCUCUCCUAGUCAUUCAAUGGAUUCGUUAUCUUCUAUUUAGAUCCAGAAACUCUGAUAAAUUGGAUCACAUCUGGGAAAAGUGUAUUGCAGAGUGUCACUCAGAUACACUUAGGCAGCUGCUACAUGCCGGUGGAGAAUUUUUCUCCAUAUCUGAAUUUGCAAAGUGUUGGCUUCCUGCAUCUCUAACAUAUCUUCGUAUUAGAAAGCUCAUCAAUCUAGAGUCCUUAUCCAGAAGGCUUGAACACCUGAACUCACUUCAGGUGCAGGAGAAUACAGAGUGUCCAAAGCUCCUUUCCUUGCAGUGGAACUAGAAAUGUUAGAUUGUCCUAUUCUGAAAAAGCAGCGGUUGAAGAGGAAAGGAAGAUACGCAUGGAUGAUGUGAUGCUGCAAUAGAUAAGAAGCAUGAUAAGCAAAGGGGAAAUGGGUACUUCUCAAUGUUUUUUGUCUAAGUUCAUGAACGAAGCUGCACAUCAUUGAUAGUUGGCGCAGAUUAUGGUGCUUCCUCCAGUAUAAAGAUCAUCAUCUUUAGCACAGGGCUUUUUACUUUUUCAAGUUAAAAAAAAAAAAAAUUUCUCAAACCAUGGUCUGAGAAAAAGUUUUUCCACAAUUAGGAUGAAAAGUGACUCUAUCGCACUUUAACAAAAGCGAGAUAAGAAAAAAUAAUAAAAAAAAAUUAUUUAAAUAUAUUAUCGAGCUUUUGACGCGCAGUAAUGUAUGAGUGUAGC